AUUAUAUGAUGCCUUGUACAGUAGCCACAUUUUUCCUUCUUUCAGGUCUCGAACUUACUGACGGCAAUUGGUGUCAAGAUAUAAAUUGCUGUAGGUCGGAAGCGUCACCAACAGCACUUUUCUGCCACUGGUUAAACAUUUCUGCCAAUGAAGCGAGAAAAAUGAAUCACCAAGAAGUGGUUGCAGAAGACGAAAGAAAAAAGCGACCUGCUAACUGGGAACAAAAGAGAAAACGUAUGGAUUGGGAGGAAGAAGCAGAAAGGAAAAAACAGGAAUGUAAAGAGAAAGGUGAUGACUACGACAGAGUGAAGUUGUUGGAGAUUGGUGCUGACGAGGCAGAGACGUGGGAUCGGAAGAAGAAGAAGAAGAACCCAGACAUAGGGUUUUCAGAUUUUGUGCAGGCAACCCACAGGCAGUAUCAGCGUUUGACCAAACAGAUGAAACCGGACAUGAACGAGUAUGGAAGACAGAAGAAUAAAUUAGGUGAAGACUUCUAUGCUACGAGCAGUACUCUGGGUCUUCACGAACGCAAAGAUUCUGAAGAAGCGGUUGACAGAAUGGUGGAAGAUUUGGAAAAACAGAUUGAAAAGAGGGCUAAGUACAGCAGACGCAGGGCAUUUGAUGAAGAUGCUGACAUUGAUUACAUCAAUGAACGCAACAUGAAGUUCAACCAGAAACUUGAGAGAUUCUAUGGAUCGUACACUACCGAAAUCAAACAGAAUCUUGAGAGAGGAACAGCUGUCUGAUUGGCUGGGGGUCUUUCUGGAUGGCAAAACAAGAUGGUGUAUCGGAUGGAGGCUAGCACUCUGUAGGAAUGAAGUAGCAGCUUUUUGUAGAGAAAGAAAAACAUACAAACAGUUUUACUGCCAAAAAUAUUGUGUGGCUGGUUCAUGAAUAUCAAAAUGUCUAGCCUAAUAUUGGGAUUGUAUGGGUUUAAUAAUAACCUUUUACCUGAUAUCUUUAUGGUACUUGCUAUUUAAAAAUCUAAUGUCAGAAACUCAGAUUUGAGUGCUAGACCCUGAGACAGGAUUUAUCAAAUUUAUUUGAUGUUGUCAGUGUAUUUCAUAUUAAAAAAGCUGUUGCCAAACACUCAGAUUUGAAGGUUAAUGAUUCUAGAAUUUAGAUGAAAAUCAAGGUUUUCUCCUGAGGUAGUAGAGAAUUCUGUUUUAUUAUAGAGCUCUUUGGAGAACCUUUAACUUUCUCAGAUAUUUGUAAAAAACUACACUGACUCCAUUUUACUGUAUGACAGACACAUUAACAUAAAGUGCAUUCUAGUACAUAAUUUAAUGGGGAAAUACAGACCUCACCAUAAACAAAAUUGAGGGGAGGGAUUAAAUUAUGGCGAGUCAACUAAGAUAUAAAUUCACAUGCCAAGGGGAGCUAAAAAUUACUUUCCUUGAACUAAUUUCAGGGGCGUGAGACUGACAACUCUCCUUAAACGAUGAGGUCUGGACUUUUAAUAGCAAUUGUGUUAUGUUUAUAUCAUUUUAUAGAUCUACAAUUCUGCAGUUUUAUUGUGGAUAUUAACAAUUCCUCUAAUCAGGAAUUGUUUUGUUUUAAUAUUUAUGACCAGUAAUUUCAAAUAAAAUAAAAUAUUUAUCAUA